GCUCCCCAGGCAGCGCAGAAACCCCCACACCAUUCAGGACAGGCAGACGGACCGGCUUCUCUUCCUUAUUUUAAAAAGCAGCCUGUGUUGAAAUAUAACACUUUAAAUGCUUCUAAGAACAUGAAGACUCAGUCCGUUUGCUUUCCCCUAGUCCGGCUGAUUCCAUAGAGUGUAAGGCAUGGCACGGCUUGAUUGGCACACACUGCCCAGCAGGCCCCUGGCUGUAAAGGCUGUUUCUGUGAAGGGAAUAGAAUUGGAUGUUCUUCCUGUGACGUGGGCUUCGUCAUGUGAGCUUUGCUCGGAGAUGGUUAGCUUUCUCCCAUUUCCUUGUCCGUAACAGUUCCUGGCUCUCAUUGCUUCUCCUUCUGAGCUGGAGGCCUGUGUGCCGUGCGUUGUGAGUCGGUCCUGUGUGGUCUGUAACCCCGUUGCUGCUGUCGCCUCCCCUCCACUCCGCUCUGUGCAGGGCCUCCUGGAGCUCAGUGAAGGUCGUCCUUCUCCGUGAUCCCAGCUUCUUGUUGUAGAAAAACUCACAGAGCUGCCCACGCUGCCCCGCUCGGCGCACUCACCUGCUGUGCGGCGACUCUGAGCCGCCUCCUGCAAAUGAAGCCCAGGUCCUUUCUGGUUUAACCCAGAGCUUGGUCCAGGCCAUCACCCCCUCUUUUAGGCACAAACUUUCUGAGCGCCAGAGCACACGCCUGUCGUCCUGGCUCCCUCCUGAUGCCGUCACACAACAACAUGGAUUUCUUCCUCUUCCUCUGUCCUGCACACGUGUGGUCGGCUUUCAUUGUCCUCGUGCUCCUCUGCAUUUACUGGUCUCUGUUCCUUCCGUAAGCACCCGCCCGCACCCUGUGGGCGGCACCGUCCAGGCACUGCAGUGGUGGCGGGAGCAGAGCGGAUGGGCAGUGUGUUCCUUCCUCUCCGCCUGUGACUCUGCCGUCUCUCUCCAGCCUUCUCAUCCUCGUGAGCUUCUUGCCCCGGGUUUCCCCGCCUGUAGCAGCAGACUGUGGCCUGAAAUUGUCGUCUUGCAGCCCUAGCCCCUUACUUCCUCCGAGAGGCCCUCCGCGGAGUGUGCUCCCGCCGUGCACGUCUGCCUGCAAACCUCGGGCCCAGCCUCCUCGUGGGGCUGUGCCCGCGAUCCUCCCGCCUGUUUCUUCCUUGGAGAUCAUAGGACAUCCCGUGUGUGUGUGUGUGUGUGUGUGUGUGUGUGUGUUUGUCUGUCCCCGUGUGUCCCCACUGCUGUCGGCUCGGCCUCUGUAGGGCCUGGUUCGACUUCCCCUUGGGGCCCACCUCUCCCGAGGCACUGCCACGGUCUCUGUGAAUGCACCCACACCGAGGUGCGCCGGUGCCUGGGGCCCAUCUGUGCCACCACCUGGUCGGCGCUCUGUGCCCGGAGAAGCCCGGGGAGGGGCUGCGGCGCAGGAAGUUCGCCUGCAGUCUGGGUGCGGGCUGCUCCGCGCGGAGGAGCUCACGCUGGGAACCUGACGGCGCUUUAAACUGAGUCUGUCCCUGGUGAGCCCGGAGGCCACGGGCUUCGCGGUGUUCCGAAAACCAGGGUCCCCUAGCGUGUGCCAGGAGCCAGUGUCUCCCUGUGCCCGCACCAGGACUCAAGUAUUUCAGUCUCUGGACUCUUCCACGGAGUCUUUCUGUUCACAUACAUCGUCCUGGCCGCUCAGAGCCCGUCUUCUGGCUCCUCCUGCGAUUCUUUCCGUGGAAGUGUGAAGACCUGGACCGUAGUCAGGACUCGGUUCUUCAGGACACCGUAGUUUGUGCUCCUUCGGUGCAUACUUUUAACCUUCUCCUUGGUUCCUGACCUCAGGACUUUCCCUCCAAAAACUUUCCCUCCAGGGAACACGCGCCCAAAAGACACAUUGGGGAGUUCUGACGGAGGAAAAACAGUCAGUAAACACCUGGGAAAAGGCCCUCCCCAAGGCUGCCCUGAGAGGCACAUGGAAACAUUUCCGAGUCAGCACAUCACAGAGCAGUAAAGUCAGUGCAAGACUCAGCACAGUGGCCGCUCACAUUGCCCUGAGGGGAGUGAGAAAUGUGGUUAGCGACACUGUCCGGGGGCCCCCCAGCACCCGAGUCAUAAAACGGUCACGUCAUCGAACCGAGGAGCACAGCGUGGGGGAAGGUGUCCAAGGAAAGAACGGGAAGGGGAGUCUGUAUAUCAUCUAUGUCCAGGCGAUGGCAGUGGAAUCGAAUGUCAUCACCACACGCGUCCGGAUUUGACCUCGCUCCCAGGAAGUCCUUUUUCUGCCGGAUCCGCGGAGGCGGCGGGCAGUACGCCCCGUUCCGGGUGACUCCCUAUUUGACUCACGUGCGGCGCUCUGAGAGGCCGCAGUCAGAGCCGGAGCCAGAGCCCUGCUGCCUCAUGCUGGCCGAGAAGAUGCACUCCGGCUACGAAGCUCCUCGGAUCCCGGUGGACAAAAGAAUUUUCACCACAACACACACUCCAGGGUGUGUGUUUCUUGAAAUAGAUGAGCGGGCCGUGCCGUUGCUGGGGUACCUGCCGCAGGAUCUGGUCGGCACGUCCAUCCUCACGCACCUGCACCCCGAAGACCGCGCGCUGAUGGUCGCUGUCCCCCAGAAAGUGCUGCGGUUCGCGGGCCACGCCCCCUUUGAGCACCGCCCCGUCCGCUUCUGCACACACAACGGCGACUACGUCACCCUGGACUCCAGCUGGGCCAGCUGCGUGGACCCGUGGAGCCGGAAGGUGGCCUUGGUCCUGGGCCGGCACAGAGUGCGCACGAGUCCACUGAACGAGGAUGUUUUUGCUGCCGGGAUAAACAAGAUGGACAGUAAUGACAAAGACAUAACUGAAUUACAGGAGCAGAUUCACAAACUUCUGUUACAGCCGGUCCACGGGCGUGCCUCCAGCGGCUACGGCAGCCUGGGGAGCAGCGGCUCGCAGGAGCAGCAUGUCAGUGCGGCCUCCUCGGGCGAGUCCAGCGGGCCGGGGGCGGAGGACGCCCAGAAGGAGCCGUUGACUUUGCAGCAGGUCUAUGCCAGUGUAAACAGGAUUAAAACCCUGGGGCAGCAGCUGUACAUCGAGUCAAUGACCAAAUCACCCAACAAGCCAGCGGUGGGGAUGCACGCAGGACGGCCCAGUGGUGAGCAGAAGGCCUCUCCUUCCGUACAGACCUUGAAAAAUAACAGCGUGCACACCGAGUCUUGUCAGGGUUUGAGGAAAGAUCAGCCGAGCCCAUCCUACCAGCAAAUCAACUGCAUCGACAGUGUCAUCAGGUACCUGCAGAGCUGCCACCUGCCGGCUCUGAAGAGGAAGGUCGUCUCCUGCACAAACACCACCGCGUCCUCAGAAGACGGCCCACAGAGCCACAAGGCCGCCAACGCCCACGUCCAAGCCGCGUCUCGGGUCCCAUCCAUCCCUCCACCAGAAGUGCCAGCUGAUGGACCGUCCGCCGGUGCCCAGGGCGGAGCUGCGCGGACUGUGGCCAGGGCGCCGAGCCUGGGCUCCGGCGUCAGCCAGUGCAGCUACAGCAGCACCAUGGUCCACGCCCCGCCCCCAGAGCCAGCAGAACCGGCCACCAAGGACACGGCCCCCGCCUGCGAGCCCCUGGCGCCCGGCCCCCAGCCGGCCCGGCUGGCCGCAGCGGCGUUCCGGCGUGGGGGGCUCACCACGGCCGCGCUGUCGGCGCACACGCACCGGGAGGAGCAGGACUACGUGGACCGGUUCCGGGAGAAGAUGCUGUCCCCGCCCUACAGCGCCUUCCUGCAGCCCGAAGGCAGAGGCCGCGCCGCGUGCUCCGACGGCCGAGGCGCCUCCUCUCCCGGCCGGGCCCGGUCUCCUGGGGGCAAGAAGGGGGAGCACAAGCGGAAGAAGCUGCCGACGCCCCUGGGCAGCCAGUGUGCGCAGGACGCCUGCUGCCCCCACGUGAGAGCGGACGUGCAGGACGCACGGCCCUGGGGCCUGUCCCCUGCCUCCGCUCCCCACGCCCCCGGCCUGGCCUUCCCGGCCGCGGCCGUGGCUCCCAGCCAAGCCCCUUACCUCGUGCCCGCGUUUCCCCUGCCGGCCAUGACCACGUGGGGGCACGGCCCGCCUUUCCCAGAUGUGCCCUCACCUUAUGCGGAGACUUUCCUAGCCAUCGUGCUGCCUGACCCCUCCCUGUGCCCUCUGUUGACACCAUCAUUUUCUCCAUGCGUGCAUCUGGGAGCAACAGGCCCUUCGGAGAUGCCACCCUCAAAACCGGCAGCAGCUCCAGACGUGGAGCCACCGCCUCCAGCCACCACCCGGGGGGGAGCUGGGCCGAGCUCUGAGACGCAGAGCGAAGGGCGCCUGGGCCCUAGCUCCAGGGGCAGCUCGCCGCUGCAGCUGGUCUUGCUGCAGGAAGACAGGCCCCCGUCCUGCGAGUCUGCAGAGCAGCAGUGUGCUUCAGGCAACAGCGGGAAGAACAGCCAUUUCUCUGCCAGGGACCCGUCCCCACUCGGACCUGGCUCUGCGGCAUCAGGAAGCGGUGCCAGCAGCGUGCCCGGCUCGGGGAGUGAGGAUGCUGCGGAGGCUGCCCCCGCCGGGCCGCAGCCCGGGGACGUGCGGGACAGGCCCACCCUCCCCCGCGGAGCCGAGGAGUCCGUGUGUGGCAGCAUCGCACGGGCCCCGGAGCGUGUCCUCAUGACCUACCAGGUGCCCGCGAGGGCUCCGGACGUCGUCCUGAGGGAAGACCUGGAGAAGCUGGCGGGCAUGCGGCAGCCGCGGUUUUCCCCCGGGCAGCGGGCGGAGCUGGCCCGGGCGCGGGCCUGGCUGCAGAGGCAGAGCCUCCCCACGGGAGCCGACACACACGGCUGUGCCUCCUGCAGGGACGGAGCCUCGGGCCCUGACGAGGGAGGAGCCUGCGGCCAGGACCCCGGAGGGCGGCCGCCGAGUGGCCCGGGGGAGAGCACAGCGCCCCGGGGCGUCUCGGAGCCCCCGGCCUUCGAGCGCUAGUCUUUCCUCGUGGCCUCUUAACGGACCUCACUCUCCGGAGCAGACCGUACAGAGCAUCUCCUCUUCCUGCUCUGGGCGUACGGGACGCCAUCUCAGGAAGACAUGGAAUGGCUUCGAGAAAGCUCCACGUACAGCACAGGCAGGGACAGUGAGCACAGAGCUGCAAAGAGCCUGCCAGCCGCAGCCUCGUCGCCUCUGCUUUGCUGUUAGGACAGUCCUUCCCAUGGCCAUGUCCCUUCUCGGGGUCCCUAAACUGAACUGUGUCCAGUCAGCACAGGGGAUGCCUCCCCGUAAUCAGCACCAGAUGCCCAGGAGCUCCUAGCACACGGCGCGUCCUGUUUGCCUGGGCAUGUGCUGCCCCGGUGCCCGGUGCCCAGGUCCGAGGGGCAUCUGAACCUCCCUCCUCACACAGGCUCCCUCCCGGGCUCCACCUGCCACGGAACCCCGAGUCUCGCCCGCAGAACCGACCGCUGGCCGCGAGCUCCUUCCUGCACAGUUGAAGUUGGCUUCGCACGUGUUCUAGAACAAAAACUUCUGACUCAGUCUGUGUUGUUUCCUUUCUAACGUCUCUUUUUUAAAUGAUUGUAAAAAGUUUUGUAAAAAUUAAUAUUGGUUUUGUAUGCGUUAAAUCAAA